AUGACUUCACAACCGUUUGAUCUUCCAACACUUCGAAAUCAUUAUAGUUUUUAUACAAUUAAUAAUAAACAAAUUCCUAUUCUCUAUCGACUUAAAUCUGGUAUUUAUUAUCCUUAUAUUGCUUUUGAACUUGUUGUUCAUGAAUUAGACACUCAUUGUUCAACAUGGAAUUCAUCAAAAAAAUUACCCUUAUCACCAAUGACAAUGAAUGAAAGAAUAUUAUAUAAAACUUUAUAUCCAAAUAAAGAUUUCUCAUCAUCAUCAAAACUUAUUUUAUGUUCAAUAAUCGAUCAAUUUGUUCAAUUAAUUAAUUUUUUAAAAAACACUAAAAUUUCAUCAACAGAAAAUGAAGAACGAAAACAUUUUGCUAGUUUUAAAAUAGAUGUUAAAUAUGGAACAAUACAAGAAAUUGAUAUACUUAAUUCGGAAGCAACAACAAAAUAUAAUUAUCUUCGUUCAACACUUUUCCCUUCAAUUCAAACUGUCAAGCGCAAACUUUGCUUUGAAGAUGAGAAGUUUGAUCUCUCAUCAAUCGGUGGUUAUCUUCAAUUAGAUCGUUGUAUUUAUCCAUAUAUAAUCACAUCAUCCGAUAUUCUUCUUAAUUUAAAUGAUCUUCGUAAACCAUUUAGUUCAACAUUAAAUAUUUUAAUGCCAUAUUUUAAAUCUCAAUCAAUAAAUUUAAUAAAUAAUUAUAUGAAAAUAGUUGAAUAUGGUACACGUUAUAUAAAAAAAUAUAAAUAUUAUUAUAAAGAUAUUGAUGAUAAAUUUAUUUCACUUUAUCAUUUACUUUUAUGUCAUCAUUCAUUAUUUUUUGUACAAUUAUUUAAUUCAAAAAAAAUUUCAUUAAAAAUUUUACAUGAAUAUUAUCGAUCAGAUUUUACAAAUUUAUUAACAAAAAAUAUUUCAAAUAUGGGAUAUUUAAAUACUCAACCAUGUAUUAAUGGAUGGUGUUUAUUUGAUACAAUAUUAGAUAAUGAAAAAAAAUCUCGUUUAUCUACCCAGGAUGAAACUAUUUUAAUUCAUUGGCUUUUAAUUUAUGAUAAUAAAUGUCUUUAUGUACAUAAUCAAGUAAAUGAUCUUAUUCUUGUUAAACAACAAUUAUCUAUAAUUACGGAAAAAAUGAAAUUUAUUCAAAAUGAACAUAUGAAAAAACGAGCUAUAUUAAAUAAUCAUAUCCCUAUGUAA